GCGCCACCCGGGCGAGGCUGCACCAGGCCGGGCGGGCGGGGGGCGCGCUGGCAUCUGGGCGGCGGCGCUGGGUUUCUAUUUUAUUUAUUUUUUAAAAAACUGAGGCCGUGGAGGAGGCAGCUGGUGCCUGAUCCACUCCUUGUGAGUUCGUCUCGACUUCUGCCCACGCUCGCACAGUUCUUUUCUGGUGACAGAGGGAUGGUUCUGUGCGCCAGGUAGCUCCCGCCCGGGUCUCUCCUGCCCGAACCAGGGAGACGCAGAGGCUGAGCCUCCCCGCCGCCCGGAACCCGCCGCGGCGCCACUCGGGGGGCCCGCCCGCAGCUCCGAGAGCCGGGCCGAGGGUCGCGCAGCGGGCCCGGCUGCAGAGGUACGCGGGCUUCCGAGGGGAUUCCUCCUAGCAAACUCCCCCGCCGCCCCCAGCACCGCCCCGGGAGCCAGGCAGAAGCGCAGCGCGUCCUCCUCGCCCCCUUCCUCGCCGCGCCGCCUCCCGGGACCCUCCCCAAGUGCCUCCUCCGCACCGGCCCGCCCGCGGGAGGAGCCGCUGCCGCUGGACCGGGGAGACCACACUUCAUGGGCCGGCCGCGGAGGGCCGGGCACCCGGGGCGGGGGCUGCCUUGAGCCCGUUGAGGACCGGCCAGGAGCCCGGAGCGCGCCCUCGGUGCGGACAGCGCGGCGGACGGCGCGGCGGCGGCCCCUCCAGGGCGAUGACCGAGCGGCCUCGAGCCGCCGGCAGCAGGAGGCCGUAGGCGGGCAUGGGCCUGGCACCCCGGUCCUAGAGACCCUGGAGACUCGCCCCUCUCUGCUCGGACGGAUCGCCCGGCUGCCGCGAUGGCCUCGGAGGUGGUGUGCGGGCUCAUCUUCAGGCUGCUGCUCCCCAUCUGCCUGGCAGUAGCAUGUGCAUUCCGGUACAAUGGACUCUCCUUUGUCUACCUCAUCUACCUCUUGCUCAUCCCUCUGUUUUCAGAACCAACAAGAGCGACGAUGCAAGGACACACGGGACGGUUGUUAAAGUCUCUGUGCUUCACCAGUCUUUCCUUCCUGAUAUUGCACAUCAUUUUUCACAUCACGUUGGCUAGCCUUGAAGCUCGACACCAUAUUGCACCUGGUUACAACUGCUCAACGUGGGAAAAGACAUUUCGGCAGAUUGGCUUUGAAAGCUUAAAGGGAGCUGACGCUGGCAAUGGGAUCAGAGUGUUUGUACCUGAUAUUGGGAUGUUCAUCGCUAGUCUGACCAUCUGGCUCAUCUGCAGAAACAUCGUUCAGAAACCAGUGACAGAAGAAGCAGCACAGUAUAACCUGGAGUUUGAAAAUGAAGAAUUGGCUGGAGGAGAAAAACUAGAUUCGGAAGAGGCACUGAUCUAUGAAGUGGAUUUAGAUGAAGGAGAUGGUGUUGAAGGCGAGAUGGAAGAAAGCACAAAACUGAAAAUCUUCCGCAGGUUUGCCUUUGUGGCUUCCAAACUGAAGGAAUUUAUUGGCAACAUGAUAACCACCGCUGGAAAAGUAGUUGUGACAAUUUUACUGGGUUCAUCAGGUAUGAUGCUGCCCUCUCUGACCUCCUCCGUCUACUUUUUUGUAUUUUUGGGUCUGUGCACCUGGUGGUCCUGGUGCCGGACGUUCGACCCAUUGCUGUUCAGCUGUCUCUGUGUUCUCCUGGCUAUCUUCACCGCGGGACACUUGAUUGGACUUUAUUUAUACCAGUUCCAAUUCUUUCAAGAAGCAGUCCCACCCAAUGACUACUAUGCAAGGUUGUUUGGUAUCAAAUCAGUUAUUCAAACAGACUGUUCCAGCACGUGGAAGAUCGUAGCAAACCCAAGCCUGAAAUGGUACCACCAUGCCAACCCCAUCCUGCUGCUGGUGAUGUACUACACGCUGGCAACUCUGAUCCGCAUCUGGCUGCAGGAGCCGCUUGUGCAGGAUGAGAAGACCAAGGAGGAGAGAGCCCUGCCCUGUAGUCCCAUCCAGAUAACAGCUGAGAGGAGGCGGAGCCUGUGGUAUGCAACCCAUUACCCAACUGAUGAGAGAAAACUUUUAUCCAUGACCCAAGAUGACUACAAACCAUCUGACGGCCUGCUGGUCACCGUGAAUGGCAACCCUGUGGACUACCACACCAUCCACCCCAGUCUUCCCAUCGAGAACGGCCCCGCCAAAGCCGAGCUGUACUCCACGCCGCAGUACCGGUGGGAGUCCUCGGACGACUCUGCAGAAAAGAAAGAGGAAGAAGAGGAUGAGAAAGAAGAAUUUGAAGAGGAGAGGAGCCAUGAGGAAAAAACAAGCGUGAAAGUCCACGCCAUGGUCUCUGUGUUCCAGUUUAUUAUGAAACAAAGUUACAUCUGUGCGCUCAUUUCCAUGAUGGCUUGGAGCAUCACCUAUCACAGCUGGCUGACUUUCGUGCUGUUGAUUUGGUCAUGCACUCUUUGGAUGAUUCGCAACAGAAGAAAAUAUGCCAUGAUCAGCUCUCCUUUCAUGGUUGUCUAUGCAAAUCUAUUGCUGAUAUUACAAUAUAUAUGGAGUUUUGAACUUCCAGAAAUUAAAAAGGUCCCAGGAUUUUUAGAAAAGAAAGAUCCAGGAGAACUCGCCUCCAAGAUACUUUUCACCAUUACUUUUUGGCUACUACUGAGGCAACACCUCACGGAGCAAAAAGCUCUUCGAGAAAAGGAAGCUCUUUUAUCUGAGGUCAAAAUUGAAACUCAGGAAAUUGAAGAAAAAGAUGAUGAAGAAGAAACACAAGUGGAAGGAGAUGCUGAAGAGAGGGAGGAAGAAGAGGAAGAAAUGGAAGAGAAGCAAGAGAGUAAGAAAGAAGAGGAGGAGGAGGAGGUGGAAGAAGAUGAUGACCAGGACAUCAUGAAAGUCCUUGGCAAUUUGGUGGUGGCCAUGUUCAUUAAGUACUGGAUCUACGUCUGCGGAGGGAUGUUCUUCUUCGUCAGCUUCGAGGGUAAAAUCGUGAUGUACAAAAUCAUCUACAUGGUGCUGUUUCUGUUCUGUGUGGCCUUGUACCAGGUGCACUAUGAAUGGUGGAGAAGAAUUCUAAAAUAUUUUUGGAUGUCUGUGGUUAUUUACACUAUGCUGGUGCUUAUCUUUAUAUACACAUAUCAGUUUGAAAACUUCCCAAGUCUGUGGCAAAAUAUGACUGGAUUGAAGAGAGAAAAGCUUGAGGAUCUCGGCUUAGAACAGUUCAGCCUGGCUGAACUAUUCACUCGCAUAUUCAUCCCAACCUCCUUUCUGCUGGUGUGCAUUUUACACCUUCACUAUUUCCAUGACCGGUUCCUGGAACUCACAGACCUGAAUUCCAUUCCCAGCAAGGAAGACAGCCCCAUCUACAGGCUGGCCCACCCUGAAGGAAGCCUGCCAGACCUCACCAUGCUGAACCUGACCGCCAGCCCGGAGAAGCCAGAGGAGAAGCAGGUGGUUGAGUUUGGUGAGGAGAAACCAGAGGGAUGCUCUGAAAAAGUGGAGAAGGGUGAGCUUGGGAAAGACAGCAGCGAGGAGGAGGAGGAGGAGGAGGAAGAAGAUGAAGAGGAGGAAGAGACAUCAGAUUUAAGGAACAAAUGGCACCUGGUGAUUGACCGCCUCACAGUGCUCUUCCUCAAGUUCCUGGAGUACUUCCACAAGCUGCAGGUGUUCAUGUGGUGGAUUUUGGAGUUGCAUAUCAUCAAAAUUGUUUCAUCAUACAUUAUCUGGGUCUCUGUGAAAGAGGUGUCUGUGUUCAACUAUGUAUUUUUGAUUUCUUGGGCUUUUGCUCUGCCAUACACCAAGCUACGCCGUCUGGCUUCAAGUGUCUGCACUGUCUGGACAUGUGUGAUCAUCGUCUGCAAAAUGUUGUACCAGCUGCAAACCAUUAAGCCUGAGAAUUUUUCUGUUAACUGUUCCUUGCCAAAUGCAAAUGAAACAGACAUACCCCUCAACCAGUUGAACAAGUCUCUACUCUACAACACUCCUGUGGAUCCAACAGAGUGGGUGGGCCUGAGGAAGUCUUCACCAUUGCUCGUCUACCUGAGGAAUAAUCUGCUGAUGCUGGCCAUUCUGGCCUUUGAGGUUACUGUUUACCGCCAUCAGGAGUACUACCGGGGACGAAACAACCUCAUGGCCCCUGUAUCUAAAACCAUCUUUCACGACAUUACAAGACACCAUCUGGAUGAUGGAAUUAUUAAUUGUGCCAAAUAUUUCAUAAAUUACUUCUUCUAUAAGUUUGGUCUGGAGACCUGUUUCCUACUGUCAGUUAAUGUGAUCGGUCAGCGAAUGGAUUUCUAUGCCAUGAUUCACGCCUGCUGGCUGAUCGCCGUCUUGUAUCGACGCAGAAGAAAAGCCAUCGCGGAGAUCUGGCCCAAGUACUGCUGCUUCCUGGCCUGCAUCAUCACGUUCCAGUACUUCAUCUGCAUCGGCAUCCCCCCUGCGCCCUGCAGAGAUUACCCAUGGAGAUUGAAGGGUUCCAACUUCAAUGACAACAUCAUAAAGUGGCUGUACUUCCCAGACUUCAUUGUGCGGCCCAACCCCGUGUUUCUUGUCUAUGACUUCAUGCUGCUUCUGUGUGCCUCCUUACAAUGGCAGAUUUUUGAGGAUGAAAAUAAGGCUGCAGUACGGAUCAUUGCAGGGGAUAAUGUGGAGAUUUGCAUGAGCCUUGAGGCGGCCUCCUUCAGCCAAUAUAACCCAGUCCCAGAUUUCAUUCACUGCAGAUCAUACUUAGACAUGUCCAAAGUGAUCAUCUUUAGCUACCUCUUCUGGUUCGUCCUCACCAUCAUCUUCAUCACCGGGACAACACGGAUCAGCAUCUUUUGCAUGGGCUACUUGGUGGCCUGCUUCUAUUUCCUGCUCUUUGGGGGUGAUUUGCUAUUGAAACCUAUCAAGAGCAUCCUGCGUUAUUGGGACUGGCUGAUUGCUUACAACGUCUUUGUGAUUACAAUGAAAAACAUACUGUCAAUAGGAGCAUGUGGAUACAUUGAAAAUUUGGUUAAAAAUAAUUGCUGGUUGAUCCAAGCUUUCAGCCUGGCCUGCACAGUCAAAGGCUAUAAAAUGCCUAAUUCUGAUGCCUCAUGUAAACUACCCAGCGGUGAAGCAGGAAUUAUUUGGGACAGUAUAUGUUUUGCCUUCCUCCUGCUGCAGAGAAGAGUUUUUAUGAGUUACUAUUUCCUACACGUUGUGGCGGAUAUAAAAGCUUCACAGAUCCUGGCAUCAAGAGGGGCUGAACUUUUCCAGGCCACAAUUGUAAAGGCUGUGAAAGCAAGAAUUGAGGAAGAGAAAAAGUCAAUGGAUCAGUUGAAGAGGCAGAUGGAUCGCAUUAAGGCCAGGCAACAGAAAUACAAAAAGGGUAAGGAGAGGAUGCUGAGCUUGACCCAGGAGUCAGGGGAAGGCCAAGACAUCCAAAAACUCUCUGAAGAGGAUGACGAAAGAGAAGCAGACAAACAGAAAGCCAAGGGCAAAAAAAAGCAGUGGUGGCGGCCUUGGGUUGAUCAUGCUUCCAUGGUCAGGAGUGGAGACUAUUAUUUGUUUGAAACGGAUAGUGAAGAGGAGGAAGAGGAAGAAUUAAAAAAGGAAGAUGAAGAACCUCCAAGAAAGUCAGCUUUCCAGAGAGCUAUUGGGAAGUUUGCAUCAGCCAUUUUAGCCUUGCCAAAGUCUGUCAUUAAACUUCCCAAAACUAUUCUUCAGUAUUUAAUCAGAGCUGCAAAGUUUGUUUAUCAAGCCUGGAUUACUGACCCUAAAACAGCCCUCCGACAGAGGCGCAGAGAGAAAAAAAUGUCUGCAAGAGAAGAACAGAAAAGAAAGAGGAAAGGAUCCGGGGAGGGGCCUGUGGAGUGGGAAGACCAAGAGGAUGAGCCAGUCAAAAAGAAAUCUGAUGGACCAGAUAACAUCAUCAAAAGGAUAUUUAAUAUUCUGAAAUUUACCUGGGUGCUCUUUCUGGCCACCGUGGACAGUUUUACCACUUGGCUCAACUCCAUUUCCAGGGAGCAUAUUGACAUAUCCACAGUGUUGAGAAUUGAAAGAUGCAUGCUGACCAGAGAAAUUAAAAAGGGCAACGUUCCUACUCGGGAAAGCAUCCACAUGUACUAUCAGAACCACAUCAUGAACCUCUCCAGAGAGUCUGGACUGGACACCAUUGACGAACGCCCUGGUGCCGCGUCAGGUGCACAGACAGCCCGCAGAAUGGAUAGCACAGAUUCACAUGACAGUAUCUCCAGCUGCUACACUGAAGCAACCAUGCUGUUCUCAAGGCAGUCUACCCUUGAUGAUUUAGAUGGACCAGAAACUGUUCCUAAAACAAGUGAGCGUGCUCGACCUAGGCUCCGUAAAAUGCUCAGCUUGGAUAUGUCCUCCUCAUCAGCUGACAGUGGCAGUUUAGUAUCAAGCGAGCCCACACAGUGCACCAUGCUGUAUUCGCGCCAGGGGACCACCGAGACCAUCGAGGAGGUGGAGGCUGAGCAGGACGAGAUGGAGGCCAGCCAGGACGUGGAGGCCCAGCAGGAGGAGGACGUGGGGGUCCAGGACAGUGACGAUGAUGAUGGCAGUGAGGCGGAGGUGGACUUGGGGCCAGAUGGGCAUGAGGGGUCUGAUGAGGAGGAUGAAGAAGAGGAGGAGGAGGAGGAGGAAGAGGAGGUGGAAGAAGAGGCAGAGGAGGCCCAGGACUCCGAGGAGUCCGAGGAGGCCGGCCUCACCCCGGACACUGAGCUACCACGGACCUUCACGGAGGACGGAGACAUGGAGGUCCCGCCGUCCUACAGCAAGGCGGUCAGCUUCGAGUGCCUGUCCUUCGGCUCACAGGAGGACUCCGCCGGGCCCAGCCGCAUGGCCGUCAGCCCCGACGACAGCCGCUCGGAGGACAGGCUGGGGUCCAGCAUCCUCCCGUCCCUGACGCACGAGCUGACGGCCAGCGAGCUGCUGCUGAACAAGAUGUUUCACGAUGACGAGCUGGAGGAGUCGGAGAAGUUCUACGUGGACCAGCCGCGGUUCUUGCUGCUGUUCUACGCCAUGUACAACACGCUGGUGGCCCGCUCAGAGAUGGUGUGCUACUUUGUGAUCAUCCUGAACCACAUGGUCUCUGCCUCCGUGAUCACCCUCGUGCUCCCCAUUCUGAUCUUCCUCUGGGCCAUGCUGUCUGUGCCAAGGCCCAGCAGACGGUUCUGGAUGAUGGCCAUUGUCUACACAGAGGUGACAAUUGUGAUCAAGUAUUUCUUCCAAUUUGGGUUCUUUCCCUGGAAUAAGCUUGUGGAAUUGAACAAGGACAAACCUUUCUACCCAACUAAUAUUAUAGGUGUGGAAAAGAAAGAUGGUUAUGUUCUGUAUGAUCUCAUUCAGCUUCUGGCUCUUUUCUUCCACCGAUCAAUUUUGAAGUGCCACGGCUUAUGGGAUGAAGAUGACAUUGCGGACAGUGGCACCGACAAGGAAGAGUCAGAUGAAGAGCAGUCCCUCAGUCACGGCAGAAGGGACUCCUCUGAUUCUCUGAAAUCCAUCAACCUGGCUGCAUCCACGGAGUCAGUGCACGUGUCCUUCCCUGAGCAGCUGACGGCUGUCCGGAGGAACCGUUCGAACAGCGGCUCCCAGAUAUCCCACAGAUCCAGCUUUUCUUCAAAUAGGUCUCAAAGAGGUAGCACAAGCACCCGAAAUAGCAGUCAAAAAGGAAGCAGUGUUUUGAGCAUCAAACAAAGAAGCAAAAGGGAACUUUACCUGGAAAAGCUUCAAGAACAUUUAAUCAGAGCAAAAGCACUUACCAUAAAAAAGACUCUGCAAAUCUAUGUGCCCAUCAGACAGUUCUUCUACAACCUCAUCAACCCAGACUACAGCGCCGUGACCGACGUAUAUGUGCUUAUGUUCCUGGCUGACACUGUGGACUUCAUCAUCAUCGUCUUUGGCUUUUGGGCCUUCGGGAAACACUCAGCAGCGGCAGACAUCACGUCUUCUCUGUCCGAGGACCAGGUGCCCGGGCCGUUUCUGGUGAUGGUCCUCAUUCAGUUUGGAACCAUGGUGGUGGACCGAGCACUGUACCUCAGGAAGACUGUAUUGGGAAAGGUCAUUUUUCAGGUCAUUCUUGUGUUUGGAAUUCACUUCUGGAUGUUCUUCAUCUUGCCUGGAGUGACUGAGCGGAAAUUCAGCCAGAACCUGGUUGCUCAGCUUUGGUACUUUGUAAAAUGUGUUUACUUUGGGUUGUCUGCCUACCAAAUCCGUUGUGGCUACCCUACACGAGUGCUUGGAAACUUCCUCACAAAGAGCUACAAUUACGUCAACCUCUUCCUGUUUCAAGGGUUCCGCCUUGUUCCAUUUUUGACUGAGCUAAGGGCUGUGAUGGACUGGGUGUGGACAGACACGACCUUGAGCCUCUCCAGCUGGAUCUGUGUGGAGGACAUCUAUGCUCACAUAUUCAUCCUGAAGUGUUGGCGGGAGUCGGAAAAAAGAUACCCUCAGCCCCGGGGGCAGAAGAAGAAGAAAGUGGUGAAGUAUGGCAUGGGAGGCAUGAUCAUCGUUCUGCUCAUCUGCAUUGUCUGGUUCCCUCUUCUCUUCAUGUCUUUGAUCAAAUCUGUUGCUGGCGUGAUCAACCAGCCCCUGGAUGUCUCGGUCACAAUCACCCUGGGUGGUUACCAGCCUAUUUUCACAAUGAGUGCCCAGCAAAGCCAACUGAAAGUUAUGGACAGUGCCAAGUAUGAGAACUUUAAGAAAGCAUUCUCUAGUGACACUGGUGCUAUGCAAUUUCUGGAAAAUUAUGAAAAAGAAGACAUAACAGUAGCAGAACUGGAAGGAAACUCAAAUUCUUUAUGGACCAUCAGCCCUCCCAGUAAGCAGAAAAUGGUACACGAGCUCCUGGAUCCCAAUAGUAGCUUCUCUGUUGUUUUUUCAUGGAGUAUUCAGAGAAACAUGAGUCUGGGUGCAAAAGCAGAAAUAGCAACAGAUAAACUUUCUUUUCCUCUUAAAAAUAUUACUCGAGAGAAUAUAGCUAAAAUGAUAGCUGGCAACGACACGCAAAGUUCCACAACGCCAGUGACUAUAGAAAGGAUCUACCCAUAUUACGUGAAAGCACCUAGUGAUUCUAACUCCAAACCUAUAAAGCAACUUUUAUCUGAAAAUAAUUUCAUGAAUAUCACCAUCAUUUUGUACAGAGAUAAUACAACCAAAUCUAACAGUGAGUGGUGGGUUCUCAAUCUGACUGGAACUAGACUCUACAAUCAGCAUGCCCAGGCCUUAGAGCUGGUGGUCUUCAAUGACAAAGUCAGCCCCCCCAGUCUGGGCUUCCUGGCUGGCUAUGGUAUCAUGGGACUGUAUGCUUCAGUUGUCCUUGUGAUUGGGAAGUUUGUCCGAGAGUUCUUCAGUGGGAUUUCCCACUCCAUCAUGUUUGAAGAGCUUCCAAAUGUGGACCGAAUUUUGAAGCUGUGCACGGACAUAUUUUUAGUUCGAGAGACAGGGGAACUGGAACUAGAGGAAGAUCUCUAUGCCAAAUUAAUAUUCCUGUACCGCUCACCAGAAACCAUGAUCAAAUGGACUAGAGAAAAAACAAAUUGACACCUUAGGACACAGACUGCAAAUCAAGAUAACAUUUGAGUUUUCAAAAACAAAAAAAGCACAAUAUUCUCAUAAGAGCUAUGCAUUUCUCAUUUGAUGGAAAUGGUUUCUCUUCUGACAGGCGGCCAAAGGGAGUUGGCUUCCUUUUAUAGUCAAGGCUACCUUGCAAGUCCAGGCGCUGUUGGAAAAGUGAUUUGUACUUCCAUUUCUCUGGAUCAGGGCUACUUGGUUUAUGUUUUCAUCAACAGUGUCUUGCAUUUUGAUAGACUAUGUAAAGGAAUCGUGGAUGGGGCUCCUCCCUCAGAGAAACAGAAGAGAAGGAAGAAGGAAGGACGCCAUGUUUUCCUGUGUGGGACCUUGUCCUUCUGAAGGAGAUGCUAUCGCACAGGCCACGGCGCUUUGUCGCCAGUGGGGAAGCUGCUGAGGGGAGAAUAGAUGGACCUCAGCACAACCCAAAUAUGCAACAGCAAUAGGAGGCUGAAAACUCCUAAACCUAUUUCUAGGAGAAAAAGAGAGAGGGAGUUGAUUACCCUUGAAGAUGCCAGUGGAUGGAUAAGCCUCACUCUAAGCAAAAAGAUAACUUAGUGACACUCUUACUGCCUUAUCUUAACUGACGAUUAAUUAAAAAAAAAAUUUUUUCCCCCAAUAAACACCAGUGACUUCUCAGGAAAAAAAAAAAAGCAGCAAAACAAAUAGAUGGACACGGGCUUUGUUGAGACCCAGCUAGUGAUUCACAUCCAUGGUGGUGGCUGUUCUACUUCAGAGAGCCCAUCACUGCUCCUGGUGAAACACAGACAAGAAGUAGAAAGACGGGAAAUGCCGCCCAGCAGAGGUGGAGAACCUUGACUUUGUAACUCUUUAUCAACUGAGGUCAUGAGCACUCUUCCACCUUCUCCAACCCCCAACACGCUUUUCCCCAUUUCCAUGAUUAAACAAUGGUUUUCUGUAUGUGACAUUUUUCCUUCCUGUUUUACAGGUAUAUCAAAGAGUUUACAUAUUCCAAUUCACAUUUUUACAUCUGAGACGGGUUUUUUAAGUUCAUAAUUAUGAAAGAAAUAUGUAUAUUGAGCUUGGGGAAAUAAACAAUGGUCUUUUCUUAAAUUAUUGUUACUGGUAAUACAACCUCUUCAUUAAAUAACAUUGUAGCAUGGAAAUUUAUGACUGAAAUGUAGUUUUCAUUCCAUAUUAAAAUACAGUUUCUGAGAAUCGUUGAAUGGACUAGAUUAUGUCGAGAAAAAAUGAUCCUAUGUAGUUUGGGUUCAGGACUGACUCAAAAUAAAGCACAUCUUGCAAAGUCA